CCCUCAUUGCUCAUCCCAUGAGUGGCACCACAGGCCCAGCUGAGAGCCAGGCUGGAGGUCACCCAGCAGCAAGCCGCCCAGGCCAAGACCCAGCUACAGGAGCUGCAGCAGCAAAAGACCCAGAUCCAGAGCCUGGCCUGUUCCCUGGCCUCCUCAGUCUCCGGCAAGAUCAGCAGCCUGCUACAGGCCCUGGAGAUGCGGCGGGCCAUGGUGCUGAGGGACGUCGAGACAGCCAAGACACAGGCACUGGCCCAGGCCCAGGGCAAGGAGCAGUGGCUGCAGGGCCACUUAGAGGCCCUGGCUCACUAUGAGCACAGGAUCCAGGAGCUCCUGGAGCAGGCAGAUGAUUUGACCUUCCUCCAGGAAUCACAGGUGCUCAAGCCCCCAGAGUCUCUUGGGCCGCUGACCCCUCUGCAGUGGGAUGAAGACCAACCGCUGGGAGACCUGAAGGAGUUGCUGAGCCGCCUGUGUGGCCUCCUCCUGGAAGAGGAGAGCCACCCUGGGGCACCAGCCACGGGUGCUGACUUAGGCCCCGUGGAGGCUCCAGAUCCCCUGGUACCGGUCCCGAGUGAAGUCUGUCCCCUGAGGAGGAAACUCUGGCAGAAUUAUCGCAAUCUGACCUUUGACCCGGUCAGCGCCAACCGCCACCUCUACCUGUCCUGCCAGGAUCAGCAGGUGAAGCACCGUCGCCAGCCCCGGGAUCCAGUUGGCCCAGACAGCUUCGAGCUCUGGCAGGUGCAGUGUGCUCAGAGAUUCCAGGCCGGGCGGCACUACUGGGAGGUACACACCUCGAACCACUCGGUGACUCUGGGCAUCGCCUACCCACAACUGUCGCGGCGCAAGCUGGGACCCCACACGGACAACAUUGGUCGUGGCCCCUACUCCUGGGGGCUCUGUGUCCAGGAGGACAGUAUCCUGGCCUGGCACAAUGGGGAGGUCCAGCGCCUCCCAAGGAUGACAGGGCGACUUCUGGGCAUGGACUUGGACCUGGCCUUGGGCUGCCUCACCUUCUACAGCCUGGAGCCCCAGGCCCAGCUCCUGCACACCUUCCACGCCCUCUUCACCCAGCCCCUCAUCCCCGUCUUCUGGCUCCUUGAGGGGAGGACCCUCACUCUGUGCCAUCGGCCCGGGGCCACGCUCCCUCCAGAGCUCCAGGAAGAAGCCUCAGCACUUAGCUGA